AUGAAAAAUCAUGAAUCACGUCCUACUGGCUCUACUCCAUUCCCUGAAGUGAAUGUGACAACCCAUAACGGGAAAGAAACUAAAAACAGGGACCAUUCCAGCAGUAGUGGUCGAGGUAGAGGUCGUGGUCGUGGCCAAUGGCGUGGCCGGGGUCGUGGACGUGGAUAUGGUAGAGGUCGUGGAGGUCAUUUCACAAACUCACAUUCCCACCAGAAGUGGGAAUGUAGGGAUGAAAAAGAGAAAAGUGAUAACAAUAUAUGUUACCGUUGUGGAGGAAAAGGUCAUUGGUCUCGGGUUUGUAGAACUCCAAAGCAUCUUAUUGAACUUUACCAAGAAUCAUUGAAGAAAGGAAAGAAAGUUGAGGCAAACCUUGUUCUUGAAAAUGGUGAAGGUGAUUUUGAUUUUGGCAAUGCCAAUCAAUUUGAUGUUGGUGAUUUCCUUACUUUCCCGAAAGGGAAUAAUUUUGAUUUUGACAGUACAACUCAUUUAGAAGUUGUCGAUUUCUUCACUGCCCCAGAAGGGAAUAAUUAA